CUUUGAAAGUCAGGGACCGGAUGUGUAGUUUCCUCUCUGUCCGCGUUGACGGUGCUGUGGGUGGAGGGACAGUGAGAGACAGACAGUGGCAUCAAUGACAGGGACACCACCGCUCGGCCUGUUUCAUGUGUGUGGCUCCAGGCAGCGGACAGCCGGCCUGUUGGAUCCGGAGCUGAGGAUGCGGGAGCAGGUGUGGGCCUCCUGGUUCCCCGCUGCCUUUCUCAUCAUCACCGCUCUCACAUCAUCCGUGUCCGCCGACAGAGACCUGCGGCCGUGCGAUGUGACCGACUACUACUACCAGUACACAGAGUGUGACAGCACAGGGUCACGAUGGAGGGUCGCCAUCCCUCUCAAUCCAGGCUCCUGCUCGGACCUUCCACCUCCAAUCAGCGGAAGAGACUGCUCUUUCUCCUGUCCAGCCGGGGAGUUUUUAGACAUGACCACGCAGCAGUGCACGCCUUGUGCUACCGGCUCCUAUUCGCUGGGCAGCGGCCUUCGUUUCGACCAAUGGGACGCCAUCCCUGCAGGCUUCACCAGCCUGGCUAGCUUCCUGGACCCCGGGCCAAAUGGAGAAGACAUUCAGGCCUGUAACAGCUCGUCGUGGAUGCCACAGGGUGUUUAUCUGGAGUCCAACCGCGACGAGUGUACAGUGUCUUUGGUUUACGCCGUCCAUCUGGAGAAACAAGGCUCCGUCUCCUUCACCUACCAGUACCCCGACAACAACAUCUUCUUCGAGUUCUAUGUCCAGAAUGAGCAGUGUCAGGAAAUGGCCCAAACUGAUGACCAGAAGUGGAUUAAACUCACUAACAACGGAGAAUGGGACACACACACAGUGAAUCUGAAGUCUGGUACGAACAUCCUGUAUUGGAGAACCACUGGCAUCCUGGUGGGAGGGAAGAUGGUCAAACCCGUGCUGCUCAAGAACAUCCAAAUAGAAGGUGUAGCCUACACAUCCGAGUGUUUUCCGUGUCGGCCUGGCUGGUUCAGCUCGGCCCCCGGCUCCUCCUCCUGUCAGCCAUGUCCCAGCAACACCUUCUCCAUAAAGGAUGCGUCCUCCUGUACACCCUGCCCCGAGCACUACUACUCACAUGAGGGAUGGGCAGAGUGUAAGGUGAGGCCACCGUGCUCAGAGAAGGAUUUCUUCCAGAUCCACACGGCCUGCGACAGCGAGGGGAAGACGCAGGUAUUGUAUCGUUGGGUGGAGCCAAAAAUCUGCGUGGAGAACGUCACAGGUGCCGUGGAGCUGCCUGCAACAGGGCAGAGAGAGCCCUGCCCUCCCUGCAACCCCGGCUACCACAACAGCAAUGACUCCACCUGUUUGCCCUGCCCACCUGGAACCCACUCAGAUGGCACCAACGUGUGCACCGAGUGCCCUGCAGGUACGGAGCCCGUGUUAGGUUACGAGUAUAAAUGGUGGAAUGUGUUGCCUUCCAACAUGAAGACUUCCUGUUUCAACGUGGGAAACUCCAAAUGUGACGACAUGAAUGGAUGGGAGGUCGCAGGGGACCACGUUCGCAGUGGAGCAGGCAGUUCAGAUAAUGACUAUCUCAUCCUCACCCUGCAUGUGCCUGGCUUCAAGGUCCCAGCCUCACUUUCGGGGAUGACCGGUAGUGAAUUUGGCCAGAUAACGUUUGUGUUCGAGACCAUCUGCUCCGCCGACUGUGAGCUCUACUUCAUGAUGGAUGUGAACAGGAAGAGCACCACAGUGGUGGAGUCCUGGGAAGGCAGUAAGGGGAAACAGUCGUACUCGCACAGCAUGACCAGAAACGCCUCUGUCAUAUACACAUGGGCCUUCCAGAGGACUAACCAUGCGCUGGAUGAACACUCUCGGUGCUACAGCGACUGCUCCUUUACCCACACAGAGAACAACCGUACGCUGACCUUUGACCUCAGCCCCAUGAGCGUUGUGGCCUCGCUGACCAUCGGGCCAAGUUUCACCUCUAAAGGCACAAAGUACCUUCAUCUGUUCAACAUCAGCUUGUGUGGCCAUGAGGGGGAGGGAGCUGCUAUCUGCACAGAUAACGUCACCGACGUGUCCAACAAGGACGCCCAGAGCGACUCGGCUCAGUUUGUCAACUCAGUGGACAGCUUCAUCUGUGAGUCAACCAUUAUCCCAGCAGAUGGGCGGGGCUUCAGGAUGGCCAUUUCCUCCCAGUCCAUCAGCCUCGCAGACACCUUUAUCGGAGCAACAGUAGACACCGUCCUGGAUGGCGUGAACGCCAAACCGGAUUUUUUCCCGGAAAAUUCAAAGGAUGUUCCAGACAUCAAUUUCUUCUACAGGUCAACGCAGGCGACGGCCUCAUGUGAUCAGGGUCGCAGUUCAGUCAUCACUGUCCGUUGUAACCCUGAGAAGUCUGAACGAGGAGAACUCUCUGUGCCCAGCUCCUGUCCUGCAGGAACAUGUGAUGGAUGUACGUUUCACUUCCUGUGGGAGAGUGCCAGCGCCUGUCCACGCUGCACAGAGGACGACUACCACCAGAUAGAGGGAGCGUGCAAAAGAGGCGUCCAGGAAACCCUGUACAUGUGGAACGAGCCAAAGUUGUGCACCAAAGGCGUAACGUUGCCUCCUAGACGCUCCUUUCCGUGUGAGGCCAUCGCUCUGUGGCUGAAGGUCGGGGUUGGCGGCGGAGCCUUCGUGGCCGUGCUGCUCAUCUCUCUCACCUGCUAUUUCUGGAAGAAAAACAAGAGGCUGGAGUACAAGUACUCCCGUCUGGUGAUGUCUGCCAACAAGGAGUGUGAGCUGCCAGCUGCAGACAGCUGUGCUCUGGCUGAAGGGGAGGAACCUGACGACGACGUGGUCUACACUAAAAAACCCACCCUGCUGGGGAAACUCCGGGCCAUUGCUAACAAGGUGUGUAUUUCACUUGUUUAUUUAGUAAUGUAUGGCAUGCUUUAUUUCCAAUAA